AUGAAGGUAGGUAGAUGGGAUAUUAUGUAUUGUUAAUAUAAUGAGAAGGAAUAUAAAUAAAUGUAAAUAAUAUAUAAGUAUAAUUAUAUCUAGUGGAGGCGGAUCAUAUGAUAAAGAAGGAAAUUAGAAUAAGAUGGGAAAGUGGAUAGAAAUUUAUGAAGGGUUUACUGAUUGCAAUACCACUUCAAAAAAGGUCACUUAUAAUGGAGAGUAUAAUAUGAAUGGUAUGAAGGUCGGUAGAUGGGAUAUUAUGUAUUGCAAAUAUAAUGAGAUAGAAUAUAAAUAAAUGUAAAUAAUAUAUAAGUAUAAUUAAAUCUAGUGGAGGCGGAUUAUAUGAUUAGGAAGGAAAUUAGAAAAAGAUCGGAAAUUGGGAAGAAUUGUAUGAAAAGUUUGAAUAUUAUUCUUAAAUUACUUAUGAUGGUGAAUAUAAUUUGAAUGGUAUGAAGGUAGGUAGAUGGGAUAUUAUGUAUUGUUAAUAUAAUGAGAAGGAAUAUAAAUAAAUGUAAAUAAUAUAUAGGUAUAAUUAUAUCUAGUGGAGGCGGAUCAUAUGAUAAAGAAGGAAAUUAGAAUAAGAUGGGAAAGUGGAUAGAAAUUUAUGAAGGGUUUACUGAUUGCAAUACCACUUCAAAAAAGGUCACUUAUAAUGGAGAGUAUAAUAUGAAUGGUAUGAAGGUCGGUAGAUGGGAUAUUAUAUAUUAUAAAUAUAAUGAGAUAGAAUAUUAAUAAAUGUAAAUAUUAUAUAAGUAUAACUAUAUAUAGUGGAGGUGGAUCAUAUGAUUAAGAAGGAAAUUAAAAAAAAAUUAGAAAGUGGGUAGAAUUGGAUGAAGCAUUUUGUUCUGAUAAAUAAAUCAUUUAUAAUGGUGAAUAUAAUAUGAAUGGUAUGAAGGUUGAUAGAUGGGAUAUCAUAAAUUUAAAAUAUCAAUAAAUACUAUGGUGAUAUUUC